AUGAGGUCAACCAACAGUCCGUUGUGGGCAACUCUGGCCGCCGUGGCCGUCCAAGCCACUUCGCUUGCGGAUAUCAAACACAUCGUGCUUUUCAUGCAAGAAAACCGCUCCUUUGACCAUUACUUUGGGACAAUGGCUGGCGUACGAGGUUUCGGCGACCCCAACGUCCAGGUCAAUCCCGAUGGCCACACAGUCUUUGAGCAACAAAUGAGCAAGGCCAAGAACGGCACGAAAACCCUCAAGCCCUGGCAUAUUAACUACCUUGGUGGCGAAUGGAAACAGUCAACGCAAUGCAUGGGUGGCGGUGACAAUGGUUGGGACACCAUGCACAACGCUUACAAUGAUGGUCUCGGCGACAAAUGGACGUACGCCGAUGCAGGUGGUAGUUACGCCAUGGGUUACUUUGAGCGACCGGACAUAGCCACUCAUUUUGACAUUGCCGAAGGAUGGACGGUGCUCGAUAUGAACACUCAGAGUGUGCUGGCCGCCACGGAUCCAAACCGCAUCAUGUGGAUGAGCGGUUCCAUCAACAUUCCCGGUUCGCCCACCAAUCCGGACGGUGAGGGCGGCCUCAUUAUCGACAACAAUGCUACUCCUGGCUGUGAACAACCCAAAAUCAACUGUUUCCCUUUUGUCUGGAAGACCUUUCCUGAAUACCUCGAGGACGCCGGUGUCUCGUGGCAGGUUUGGCAAGACUUUGACAACUUUGAAGACAACAUGCUUGCCUACUUCGAACAGUAUCAAAAGGCUGCCAACGGCUCCGCGUUGCGUGACAAGGGCAACUCGUAUCCCGGUCUCGACGCCUUCUAUGAUGCUACAAAACGCGGCACCCUACCACAGGUCAGCAUUAUUGUCGGUCCACAGGAGCUAGCCGAACACUCGCCCAAUAUGCCGAUCGACGGUGCUUGGCUGCAAAAACAAGUUGUAGACGCCGUGACCGGUAGCCCUGCCUAUAACGAGACAAUACUCAUCAUCAGCUACGAUGAGCAAGGUGGUUGGAUGGACCACGUUGUGCCUAUGGUCGCGCCCAAAGACACUCCCGGUGAAUGGCUCAAAAUUGAUUCGCUUGGCGGCGAAAGCCCUGUCGGGCCAGGUUGGCGGGUGCCACGCUACAUCAUCUCGCCGUGGACGCGGGGUGGUAAUGUGUUCACUGAGGUGUCCGACCACACGUCCGACAUCAUGUUUGUCGAAGCCUGGGCCAAGGCAAACGGAUACAACGUGGAGGUGCCGAACAUUACGCCUUGGCGACGCAGACACAUGUCGAACCUGGUCAAUGCGUUUGAUUUCCGUCGUGCGGACUUCUCGGUUCCACCUAUCGCUGCUGUUCGCAUGCCUGAAACAGACCCGGAUAAGUCGUGGUCAGGGAACCUGACUCUUGGUUCUCUGGACGGCCCGUGGGUUGGGCCAGCCAAGUGCCUACAAGAACACGGAAUCGGCAAUCGACCGCCCGUGCCGUUCGGCAAGGAGAACGCUAAUCAAGACAUGUCGUCACUGGUGGAAGACGGGUUCAAGACUAUGCGCGGCCAACCAACCGAAGGCCGCUAUGUGGUGUUCCAGGCCAAUGGCAAGGCGCUGACGAACCAAAAAGAUGGUGUCAGCCUCAGCAGCGGUAAUCAAAAGCACGACAAGAUUGAGCAGCGAUGGAUAUUGCACAGCCUAACUGACUACGGGAAACAAUUCUACCUGCAGUCAGCCAAGGACAAACAAUACAUUCAGGCAGGGGACAAGUUGACAUCGGAUAAGAACAAGGCCCUGACGUUCACGAUUGACUAUCACGCUGAUACGGCCACGUACACUCUGUCUACGGGAAGUGACAAGCGCGCGUUGACAGUUGAGACAAGGACGCACAGGAGAAGCGUCAAGCGCGAGGUCAACUGGAGCUGGGGCGACGCCAAAUUUACAGCGUACGCUGUCUCAUACAAGUCAUAG